AUGUUUCUUUUUAUCUCUAUUCUUCCAACUUUUUCCAUUUCUUUCCAUCCCUAUUCCUGCCCCUUUUCUGUUUCUUUUCAUCGCUAUUUCUCCCUUUUCUGUCUUGAUUCCUCCCCUUUUCACGUUUUCAUCUGUUCCCCCCCCUUUUUCCCCCCCGUCUCUAUUCUUCUCCUUUUCCCGUCUCUUUUCAUCUCUAUUCCUCCCCUUUUUCUGUCUCUUUUCAUCUCUAUUCCUCCCCUUUUUCCGUCUCUUUUCAUCUAUAUUCCUCCCCUUUUACCGUCUCUUUUCAUCUAUAUUCCUCCCCUUUUACCGUCUCUUUUCAUCUCUAUUUCUCCCCUUUUCCCAUUUCUUUUCAUCUCUAUUCUUCUCUUUUUCUAUGUGCAUAGGUUCAUAACUGAAAUUUUUUUUCUUCUCAUUUUCAAUAUUAAUACACUAUUUUCAACCAUUUCUGCCAUAUUCUUUUACCUUCCUUAUUUACAUCAAUCUACCUUUCUUCUUUCUUCGACUUCAUUUUUAUCUAUAUUCUUUUUUUUUAAAUUUCUGUCUUCUUUUCUCUGCUUUCAGAAAAAGCUUAAUUUUAUAUGUAUUUUUUAUAUCCUCUGUUCUUCCACUUCUUUUUCUUCUCAGUUUCUUAUUCCCUUGAAAAUAUUCCUUUUUUGCCUUCUUUCUUUCCAUUAUUUUUCAUAUUCUUUCAAAUCAUUCAUUCUCUUUCUUUCUUAUCUUCGAUAUCUUCAUAGUCUCACUUUUUUUUUUCUUUGUUAUGCUCAUAGCCUUUCUUUUUCUUUGUUUUUCUUAUAA